GGCCGGCCGCCCUGCGUCCGUCGCUCUUGGAGCUUGCUUUUUCGAGCAUCGCAGUCAUGUCGACCGCCAUGAAUUUCGGGACCAAGAGUUUCCAGCCGCGGCCCCCAGACAAGGGCAGCUUCCCGCUGGAUCACUUCGGUGAAUGUAAACACUUUAAAGAGAAAUUCAUGAAGUGUCUCUAUAACAAUAAUUUUGAAAAUGCUGCGUGCAGAAAUGAAUCAAAAGAAUACUUAGAGUGCAGAAUGGAAAGGCAACUCAUGGCUCAGGAGCCACUGGAAAAGCUGGGCUUUGGAGACUUGAAGGACAGGAAGACGGAGGCCAAGAGCUAAUUUUCAUGAGAAGUUGACUACAUCGGUGUCUAUGGCAUCCAGAGCAGAGCACGUGGUCCUGUGGCCUGCAGCUGACAGGGUCCUGAUGCUCCCUGGGGAGCCACCAAGGCAUCUCUCUGGGGACUCCCUUCAGUCCCUGUCCUGUCAUACCCACAUCCUCCUCCAGUGGCUCUUCUUUAUAUCACGUGUGUCGCAGGGUCCUGGGGCUCCUGGCAGAGGCAGGAGCACUGGAGGGGUGUCCCACUCAGAGUGGCAGUCACCCCACAACGCAGUGUCCUGUCUGCCUGGCCCAACGUGCUCAUCAUGCUUCCACGCCAGCCUGCCACCCUCCUCCUGGCAGGGCGCCUUCUUCUGUGCCAGCCCCCUUUAUACUCCUGGGAUUUGAACUUGGAUUCAUGCUUGUUAGGCCGGCACUUUGCCUCUUGAACCACCCCACAGCCCUUUUUUGCUUGAAUUAUUUUUUAGGUAGGGUCUGGCAAUUUUG